UUCGUUUCAAUCCAAAAAAAAAAAAAACGUAGAUUCAGAUAAAGUCUAUGUUCGUGUUCCACUUCCAAUGAUUCUUCUGAAUCAUUGCUUCAUGGUCUCUUGCAGAUGAGACUACACGAUGAGCCUGAAAAAUCACGCCUUGUUUUUUGGGACUAACCUUCAUGGUUCCUUGGAAAGUAGCACCAGCAAGAGGAACCCUUUUCAUUUGGAGAGAAGGAAGUUGCCAAAGAAGGGUCUUUGCAGUUGGAGGUGCUGCGUGUCCGCAGAACAUUCUCAUUUGGUAAGCCAAGCGUUUAGGUUUUCAAAUUUUUGUGGGAAAAAUGUGAGGUUUAUGAGAAAAGACGUUAUUUUGAGAAAUGGGUCAAGGUUAGAAUGUGGCAAGGAACCCUUUUUUAAAAGUGAGACUUUGGUGAGUUCUUUGAGCCCUUUAUGGAAAGAGGGGCUUCUUUUGAUAAGGGCCACUGUUUACACUGCUGUUAUCUCUGGGAUAUGCAUGUUGGUGUGGUAUGGGCAGAAUAAAGCUAAGGGUUUUAUUGAAGCCAAUUUGUUGCCUUCUGUUUGUUCAGUAAUCAGUGAACACAUUCAACGUGACCUUGUGUUUGGCAAGGUUCGGGGAAUCACGCCAUUGAGUAUUACAUUGGAGUCAUGCUCAUUUGGUCCUCAUAAGGAGGAAUUUUCUUGUGGUGAGGCUCCUACGGUUAAGCUUCGCCUCCGCCCUUUUGCAAGUUUGAGUAGGGGAAAGUUGGUGGUUGAUGCAGUUUUGUCACAUCCAAGUGUGUUGGUGGUGCAGAGGAAGGACUAUACUUGGUUGGGAAUACCAUUCACUGAAGGUGGCAAAGAGAGGCACUUCUCAACUGAAGAAGGGAUAGAUCAUCGUACAAGAAUCCGGAGGCUUGCACGAGAGGAAGCUGUUGCUCUGUGGGAAAGAGAGAGGGAUGAUGCAGCUAGGGAAGCUGCUGAGGUGGGUUACUUUGUUUCUGAUUGGACUUGUGGUCUAUCCCAAGGCGAUGGUUCAAAGGAUAUUGAAACUCAUUCAACAAAAUCUACUGAGACUGCACCCUUUUUCUGCAUGAAGGAUGGGAAGCACGAUCAUCGGUUCAUGGACUCAGGUGUUGAUUAUGAUGUUAAACAUGCAGAUUUGGAAAAAUCAUUUAGAGUUGGAUUUCCUGUGUUAGGACUUCAAUUUUGGUCUAGAGUAAUAACAGGGCGUACAAAACACAAAUUUAAGCGGAAGGCUAACGGGAGUAACAUCUGUGCAUCUGCUGUUGCUGUCAAAAGAAGAAUGUUUGAACGUAGUGCAUCAGCAGCUCACACAUAUUUUCAUGAUCAAUCACGUGGGAAGUUUGGGGAGUCUUCAUCGUCUUCUGAAUGUUUUCAUUUUAUGAAUCAUGAUAUGCAUUUGGUGAGAAGUGAGGUUGACAGAAAUGCAAAAUCUGUUGCCAUUGCUAAUGAAAAUAGAAGUGAUAGUAACCAAAGUGGAACACAAUUCAGAGAUCUGGGAAUCCAGUCUCAUUCAGUAAAUGAAAAUGUUAGCGGUAAUUCAGAUUGUUUUAAAGUUGUCAGCGAUCCAACUUCACAGAGAAGAGAGAGUAAAUUUGAAAAUUUGCAAUCUAGUGAGGAUGUUGCAGAACCUGCUAUUAUUAAUAGUAUUAAAGAGAAAAAUAAGGAGUUCGUACCUCAUGUUGCAGACAAUCAUAUUGACGAUGAUAGUUCGUCUGGGGGCCAACAAGGUUUGACUUCUGAAGAUUUGUUUUUUGUGAAGCCUAAGCCUCGAUUGGCGAAUUAUUUUCAAAUUCCAUUUGAGCCCUUGCUUGUGAAAUUUGGCUUAACCUCAUUUUUAAGAAGUAUUGAGGAGUGGAUAUCUUGCUUUCUUUCUGGUCCCAUUGAAAAUUUGAAGUCUGAUGUGGGUCUGAAAGUUGAAGAUAUUGUUGGAGAACAUGUUGAUGGAGUAGAUUUUGUGCAGUCUGAAGGCAUUACUAAGAUGCUUCCUGUUACAUUAGAUUCUGUUCAUUUCAGAGGUGCAACAGUGAUGCUACUUGCAUAUGGUGACAGGGAAGUUAGGGAGAUGGAGAAUGUUGAUGGGCAUGUAAAGUUGCAAAACCACUAUAGUCGCAUACAUGUGCAGCUGAGUGGAAAUUGUAAUACUUGGAGAUCAGAUAUUAUAUCUGAAGAUGGCGGCUGGUUGUCUGCCAAUGUUUUUGUUGAUACUAUUGAGCAAAAUUGGCAUGCUAAUUUAAAAAUCGAUAAUCUUUUUGUUCCGCUGUUUGAAAGGAUCCUCGAAAUUCCAAUUACAUGGUCUAAAGGAAGGGCUAGUGGAGAGGUUCACUUGUGCAUGUCAAAGGGGGAUACUUUUCCAAAUUUUCAUGGACAGCUUGAUGUGACGGGGUUGGGCUUCCAACUAUUGGAUGCGCCAUCAUGUUUUUCUAACAUAUCAGCGAGUUUAGGUUUUCGUGGUCAAAGAAUAUUUUUACACAAUGCAAAUGGCCGGUUUGGCAGUGUUCCUCUAGAAGCAUCAGGAGACUUCGGCAUUCAUCCCGAAGAAGGAGAGUUUCAUCUUAUGUGUCAGGUUCCUGGUGUUGAAGUGAAUGCCUUGAUGAGAACUUUUAAGAUGAGACCUCUUUUAUUCCCGCUAGCUGGAUCAGUGACCGCUCUAUUUAAUUGUCAAGGCCCGCUGGAUACUCCUGUAUUUGUAGGCACUGGAAUGGUUUCAAGGACAUUCUCUUAUUUACAAGUUGACACCCCUGCAUCUGCAGCUUCUGAAGCACUUGCUAAAAGUAAGGAGGCUGGUGCACUGGCAGCAUUUGAUCGCAUUCCAUUUUCAUAUGUAUCUGCCAAUUUCACUUUCAACACUGAUAACUGUGUUGCUGAUUUAUAUGGAAUUAGGGCAAGCCUUGUAGAUGGUGGUGAAAUUCGAGGGGCUGGGAAUGCAUGGAUAUGCCCAGAGGGUGAGGAGGAUGAGACAGCAAUAGAUGUGAAUUUCUCUGGAAGUUUAGCCUUCGAUAACAUUGUGCUUCGAUAUAUACCAAGUCAUUAUCAUCAGAUGCCACUCAAAUUGGGGAUAUUAAAUGGAGAAACAAAACUUUCAGGAUCUCUUUUAAGACCAAGGUUUGAUAUAAAAUGGACUGCCCCUACAGCAGAAGGGUCUCUCAGCGAUGCUCGGGGAGAUAUCAUAAUCUCACAUGAUUUUAUUACUGUGAAUUCUGCUUCAGCUGCAUUUGAUCUGUAUAUGAGGGUUCAAACAUCUUAUCCUGAUGAUUUUUCUUUUAAUAGAGAAGAGUUUUAUGCACCAAGGGCCAUUCCAUUUACUAUUGAUGGAAUUGAGUUGGUUUUGCGUAUGUGUGGGUUUGAAUUCUUCAAUUUGGUUUCUACAUAUACUGCGGAUUCUCCAAGGCCUUUGCAUUUGAAAGCAACUGGAAGGAUCAAGUUUCAGGGAAAGGUUUUAAAACCUAGUGGCAAUAUUAGCGAGCAAAAUUUUGAGAAGAAUAGGCAGCAUGAGCAAAUGUUGGAGAAAGGAAUAAUAGAUAGUCUUGUUGGGGAGGUUUCAAUAUCUGGUCUCAAACUGAAUCAAUUGAUGCUUGCACCUCAGUUGUAUGGGCUGUUGAGAGUUUCUCCUGAGCAUAUCAAGUUGGAUUCCUCUGGUAGGCCUGAUGAAAGUCUUGCAGUGGAGUUUGUUGGGCCACUACAGCCAAGUAGCGAAGAUGGUCUGCAAAGUGGGAAACUGUUGUCUAUUUCUCUUCAAAAAGGGCAAUUGAGGACUAAUAUUUGUAUUCAACCAUUUCGUUCAGCUAGUUUAGAGGUACGACAUUUUCCACUUGAUGAGUUGGAGCUCGCUUCUCUCAGGGGAACUAUACAGAGGGCAGAAAUCCAACUUAAUCUUCAAAAAAGAAGAGGACAUGGAAUCCUAUCUGUACUUCAUCCCAAAUUCAGUGGUGUGCUCGGCGAAGCCUUAGAUGUGGCGGCUAGGUGGAGUGGAGAUGUUGUGAGUACCAUUCUCUUAUUUGUUUGCACCCGAAUGACUUACUUGUUGAUCACUCUCGAAAAAACUGUUUUGCAACAAAACUACAGUUGUUAUGAACUACAAGGUGAAUAUGUGUUGCCUGGCUCCCGAGAUCGUAAUCCUAUUGACAGAGAAGGAGGUGGUCUUUUAAAAAGGCUAAUGUCUGGGCAUAUUGGGAGUGUUAUAUCCUCAAUGGGCAGGUGGAGAAUGAAACUUGAAGUUCGUAGAGCUGAGGUUGCUGAGAUGUUUCCUCUUGCGAGGCUUCUUUCUCGAAGUAUGGAUCCUGCUGUUCAUUCAAGAUCUAAGGAUUUCUUCAUUCAAAGUUUGCAGUCAGUGGGAUUAUAUGCUGAAAGCCUUCAACAACUGCUUGAGACAAUAAGGGGGCAUCAUGCUCCAUCAAAUGAUGUUGUUCUUGAAGAUUUAAGUCUUCCUGGUUUAUCUGAAUUCAAAGGUCGCUGGCGUGGAUCUCUUGAUGCUAGUGGUGGAGGAAAUGGAGACACCCUGGCAGAAUUUGACUUUCAUGGGGAGGACUGGGAAUGGGGAGACUACAAAGCUCAGCGUGUCUUGGCCGUUGGUGCUUACAGUAAUGAUGAUGGUAUGCACCUGGAGAAAUUUUUUAUCCAGAAGGAUAAUGCCACCGUCCAUGCAGAUGGAACAUUGUUGGGGCCUAAAUCCAACCUUCAUUUUGCUGUCUUAAAUUUUCCCGUUAGUCUGGUCCCAACUGUAGUUCAUAUCAUUGAAUCUACAGCAACAGAUGUUGUUCAUUCUUUGCGGCAAUUGUUGGCACCCAUCAGGGGUAUACUGCACAUGGAAGGAGAUCUUAGAGGAAGUUUAGCAAAACCAGAAUGUGAUGUCCAAGUAAGGCUCCUGGAUGGUGCCAUUGGUGGUAUUGAUCUUGGACGAGCAGAACUUGUUGCUUCUCUAACCUCAACCAGUCGUUUUCUAUUCAAUACAAAAUUUGAACCUAUAACCCAAAAUGGUCAUGUACUCAUUCAAGGAAGCAUUCCUGUUGCUUUUGUGCAAAAUAACAUGUUACAGGAAGAUGUAGAAUUAGAAAAGAGUCGGUCUACUUGGGUUCCUGAUUGGAUGAAGGAGAAGAAUAGAGAAAAUGCUGAAGAUGCCAGCGAUAUAAAAGUUUCUAGAGAUAAAAAUGAAGAAGGUUGGAAUACACAAUUGGCAGAAGGCCUUAAAGGCUUAAAUUGGCAAAUUUUAGAUGUUGGAGAAGUAAGGAUUGAUGCUGAUAUAAAAGAUGGAGGAAUGACGUUGGUGACAGCUUUAUCUCCUCAUGCCAAUUGGCUUCAUGGCAAUGCUGAUGUCGUGCUUGAGGUCAGAGGUACAGUUGAUCAACCGGUGCUUAAUGGGCACGCAACAUUCCACAGGGCAUCUAUUUCUUCACCUGUGCUCCAAAAGCCUCUAACCAACUUUGGUGGAACUGUUCAUGUCAAAUCAAACCGGUUAUGCAUCACCUCACUGGAGAGUAGGGUAAGCAGAAAGGGAAAGCUUCUUGUAAAAGGGAACCUACCACUCAGAACUAGUGAAGCAGCCCUUGAUGACAAGAUUGAAUUAAAGUGUGAAGUUCUGGAAGUACGGGCACAAAAAAUAUUUAGUGGUCAGGUUGAUUCUCAGAUGCAAAUAACUGGUUCGAUAUUGCAACCAAACAUAUCUGGAAAUAUCAAGCUAAGUCAGGGAGAAGCAUAUCUGCCACAUGAUAGAGGUGGUGCUCCUGCUUCUAAUAGAUUCCCAUCAAAUCAGUCUAUGGUUCCUGCUGGUGGUGUUAGCCGAGUGUUUGCUUCAAGAUAUGUUUCACGAUUUUUCAGCUCAGAAUCUGCUUCUUCAAAGGCCAAAAUUUCUCAAUCAUCUGGCUCUGUUAAUAAGUCAACUCAGGUUGAAACGGAGAUGGAGCAAGUGCAGAUUAAACCAAAUGUAGAAAUCUGCCUGAAUGAUUUGAAGCUUAUACUUGGACCCGAGUUGAAGAUAGUUUAUCCUUUGAUUCUUAAUUUUGCUGUUAGUGGUGAGCUUGAGUUGAAUGGUCUGGCCCAUCCCAAAUGGAUAAAACCUAGAGGCAUACUGGCAUUCGAGAAUGGAGAAGUUGAUCUAGUUGCAACACAGGUGAGAUUAAAACGAGAGCACUUAAAUAUUGCAAAAUUUGAGCCUGAGUAUGGACUAGAUCCGUUGUUAGAUUUAGCUUUAGUUGGAUCUGAGUGGCAAUUUAGAAUUCAAGGUAGAGCUAGCAAUUGGCAAGACAAACUUGUGGUGACUUCAACGCGUUCUGUGGAACAGGAUGCGCUCUCACCUACUGAGGCUGCCAGAAGAUUUGAGAGCCAAUUAGCUGAAUCCAUUUUGGAAGGCAAUGGUCAGCUUGCAUUUGAAAAGCUUGCAACUGCAACUCUUGAAAAAUUGAUGCCACGAAUAGAAGGGAAGGGAGAGUUUGGCCAGGCUAGGUGGAGGCUAGUGUAUGCACCUCAGAUUCCUAGUUUGGUUUCUGUUGAUCCUACAGCAGAUCCUCUCAAGUCACUUGCCAGUAAUAUAUCGUUUGGUACUGAAGUUGAAGUCCAGCUUGGGAAACGUCUUCAGGCCACAAUAGUUAGGCAAAUGAAGGAAUCUGAGAUGGCAAUGCAGUGGACCUUGAGCUAUCUACUUACAAGUCGUUUGAGAGUGCUCCUACAAUCUGCUCCAUCCAAACGCCUUCUUUUUGAAUAUUCUGCUACAUCCCAGGAUUGACUUGCAUCCAAGUAACAUUUGCAAAUUGCAACUGCAUUUUUUUCCCUACCUAAGACUAAUUUGUAUUACUUUUCCUAGUAGCUUGGCCUUACCCUUUGUAAAUGAAAUUUAAAUGCAUUCCACUUCAAAAUUACCUCACAUAUCAUGUUUAUAUGAAAGAGGAAUUUUGGGAUACUCUCUGAGUAUGUAAAAGUAGAGUAGAUGCAUGUUAUUUUUUUGCUCAGAUUGAGCAUGUUAAUAUGUAGAUGCUUAAUUCAUGAAUACUUCA